CUUUGCUUAAAAUGCACCGUGUAUUGAAAAUGCAAUUCAUACUGAAAUGAAUAGAUAAGUUAGUAAAUUGAAUUUUGAUUGUUUACAUGUUUUUAUUAUGUAUUAAAAUUACUACACUAUAACAAAAAAUAUAAAAAGGUUGAAUGCUACAAUUAUAAACAUUUUCACAAGUUUAGUGUUACAGAUUUGUAUAAUUGUUACAUUACACUAGCAAUGGUUCAAGAAGAAUUUCCAUCAUUAAAAAAUGAUUUGAUUCUGAAAGCUGCACGUGGGGAACCAGUAGAACAUAUUCCAGUAUGGAUAAUGCGUCAAGCUGGAAGAUAUCUUCCAGAGUUUCAGGAAAUCAGAUCAAAGCAUGACUUCUUUUCUGUUUGUCAAACACCAGCUUUGGCUUGUGAAGUUACUUUACAACCUAUAAAGCGAUUUGACUUAGAUUCUAGCAUUAUUUUUUCUGAUAUCCUUGUUAUUCCACAAGCAAUGGGUUUGACUGUUGAAAUGGUUCCUGGAACAGGGCCUGUUUUACCUAAUCCUCUAAAUGAGCCAUCAGAUUUAAGUAGGUUGAUUAAACCUGAUGUGGCAAAAGAUUUAAAAUAUGUUGGAGAGGCUAUAACUUUAACAAGACAUAAACUAGAAGGAAAAGUGCCAUUAAUUGGUUUCACUGGUGCACCAUGGACACUAAUGAGCUACAUGAUCCAAGGUGGAGGUAGUUCAACAAUGACAAAAGCUAGAAGAUGGUUGUAUAAGUAUCCAAAAGAUUCUCACACACUUUUACAACUGAUUACAAAUGUCAUAGUGGACUAUCUUGUGAUGCAAGUUGAAGCUGGAGCACAGUUGUUGCAGGUAUUUGAAAGUCAUAGUGACUUUUUAAACGACGAGCUAUUUGAGAAUUAUUCAUUUAAAUAUUUGAAACAGAUCAGUGAAAAAGUGAGGCAAAAACUGAAGGAAAAAAAUAUUUCUGAAGUACCAAUGAUUGCUUUUCCUAAAGGCGCAACAAUGAAUUCUUUAGAAAUGUUAGCAAAAUCAAAAACUUAUGAAGUAUUAGGCAUAGAUUGGACUGUAGAUCCUAUAGAAGCAAGGAAAAAAUUGGGUUCUGAUAUUACUUUACAAGGAAAUUUAGAUCCAUGUGCAUUAUAUGCUUCUGAGGAAGAAAUAAUGAAUCGAGCUCGAGAUUUGGCAAUGAAAUUUGGUAAAACCAGAUAUAUUGCUAAUUUGGGACAUGGCAUUCUACCAGACACACCAAUUACAUCUGUUGCUUCAUUUAUUAAAGGUGUUCAUUCAGUAUAAUUUAUUAGAUACAUUUCUAAUUAAAUACAUUUUUCUUUUUACAGUAUACCUGUAUAAUAAAUUGUUUUGUUAAUGGA